ACUUUUGAGUAAGACAGUUUAUAAUUAAUUAAUGAAAAAAUGCAACCAGGUGAGGCAUCUGUGUCAAAGUUUGCAACAGUUAAAGGUUACAUGCAAAUAUCUAAGCCCGUAACCCCUUCAUUUAAGAAAAAGGCACACACACCUUAAGCCUCAAGGGUCGUUAGAGACAGAUAUCGAGCCCUAAGCAUUGCAUUGAUCAGAAGAGCAUCACGUGUAAGUCAAUCCACAACGGCUCGGAAAGGCAGUGAGCCGGGAGAGUGCGAAGCCGAGGGGGGGCUCACCUGGUCCCCGCGAGGCCGUCGAGGUGGUGGCAGAGGUGACAGGCGGCAGCAGUAGAGGUGAUCGUGACGUGUGUUCUCCCCUCCCCCAGUGGCUGCAGUGUGGGGGUAACGGGGGCUGUAGGAGUGGAAUGUUCGCCCCCCUCCAACCUCUCCCCCCAGCACGUGUUCCCCACAACCCCAGGACGCUGCAUGUCCCCUCCGCACAGCCUCGACCCCCCGCCCCCUCCUCCUCCCCUGCCUCCCCCUCCUCCCCCAACCUCAAAUAUCCUAUCCACCACCACUACUAUCACCCAGUUAGCGCCCCUACAGGUCCCCCCACCCAGCGCCGUCUCGCCAAAAGCCAACAGCAGUAGCUACAAGUUCCACUACAGCUUCCCACAACCCUAUGGAGACGGGCGCAAGGAGCUGACAGCCGGCCUUCCCAACGGAUCCCUCGACAGCCCAAUGGCCGACGUCUUCUCCCACGUAUCCAAGAGGUCCAGACUCACGCCCCCCCUCACAGAGCGGCUCAUGCUGUACGUAAAGCAGGACGGAGAGGAAUACUACACGCCACUCCAUCUCGUGCCGCCCUCGACGGUGGGGCUCCUGUCGGCGAUCGAGGAAAAGUACAAAAUCCCCAUGCAGAGUAUCAAAAAUGUCUACCGGAAAAAUAAAGUCGGCGUGAUGGCCAAAGUGGACGACGAGAUGCUGCGCCACUACUGCAACGAGGACAUCUUCCAAAUGGAGGUCCAGCACCGCGACGCCGAGAGCUACGACCUCACCCUCACCGAACUCACGCAGGUGGACCACUGAGGCCCGCGCGCCAGCCUCUGUCUCCCCCCCCUCUCUCUCUCCCCCUCCACAAGUCCCCCUCACUGUCAUUCACGAGCGAUACGCAUCAGUGCACCACAAUGACAACAUCUUCGUCGCGGGAUUAAGAUGGCAAAGGGAGAAAAGGAGGAAGGAAGGAAGGAAAAGAUUGAGGACUGGAUGGCGGUGGUUGUGAAGGAUGGAGGUCGAUGGAGAGAAAGGAUCGUGGUCUGGAGCGAAACGAAGGAAGGAAUGACAGAAUAUUUGUAUUACUUCCUUUUCUUCUCGGAGGAAUUCGCUUCGCGCUCUUGUUCUCCUUUCCUUCUAGCUUUUAUUCCCUUAUCCACUUCUUCCCCCUUUGAUUCCCCCUCCUCUUCCUCCUCUCCCCCCCCCCUCCUCCUCCUCCUCCUCCUCCUCCUCCUCCUCCUCCUCCUCCUCCUCCUCCUCCUCCUCCUCCUCCCGAACUCCUCGGCGUCCCACAAGACGAAAAUUCGAACUCCACGGAGGGCAUCGCCCGGGGGAACGAGGCCGCCCUUCCCUCGACGGCCCUUGAAGCGAGCGAAGGCGAGGCAGCGGCGAAGCAAGAGGCCAGGGGAGCCAAGAGGCCGCGGAGGACAGCAAAGGAAGCGAAGGGGGCGUGGCCCGGCGUCCCCCGAGAAGGGACCGCCCACACGCCCGUGUCACAGACGGUGGUGUUGGAGAGAGAAAAGAAAUCAGCAAAUGACGGAAGAAUUAAGGCGUUAAGGCGUAUUGUACAAAACAUGAAGCAAAAAGAAAGGAAUUCGUUUGCCUUCCCGUGAGGUGAUCUCCAAGGCCCCGUACCACAGCCACAGUCUCCACCGGAAGAGGUCAAAGGUUAGAGGUCGAGUGGCUGCGAUGCUGACCCCGGCUGGAUGUCAGAAGAGGGGACCCCCCCCCCCUCCCUUAAAGGGCUCUCUGGCACUCGUCGGUUAUCAUUAUUGUUAUGGAUAAUGGUAUUGUUAUGUUAUUUUCGGAUGGCCGGUGAAUCACCAAUGAUUGUGUAUAUGUAGACUUCUAGAAUCAAAUUUAUUCUAAUAUGCGCGGAAGACAUAGUUAUAGUACAGUUUACAGGGUAUCUAAUGCCUAAUCGAGUUUAGAUUUGUUUUAGUUAUUAAAUUAUUCACGUACCGAGUUUAUCUCUAUAAACAUCUCUUGAUCAGCAGAGAAGCAGUGCUCAGUUUAGUUUAGUGGGCCUGUACAUGACGUUACCCGGAAUCCCGUUUUCUGCGAAGGUCGUGUUUGUGGAGUAAAACGACCUCUCGGGAUGUCUCUCUCUCUCAGCCCCCUUGAAUCGGAUCAAAUCUGAUUUGACGGCGAGGCUUAAAGCAGCGCCCGUCUUCACAAUGGAGUGCCUCUGCCGAGCGUCAUGACGAGUCAAUACUCUUGCCAACGAGCCUGUUUUGAGUGCGUCUUCCACGAUAGUGCCAUAUUACCGGGGCGAUGAUGAAACGCCUCUAGAUUCCCAGUGGGUCUCUCUCUCUCUCUCUCUCUCUCUCUCUCUCUCUCUCUCUCUCUCUCUCUCUCUCUCUUUCUCUUUCUCUCUGGGAUCACCAUUCUGCAGGUUGAAUGCAUGUGCCACUGCCGUCCUCCAAGAGACGUAACACAUAUUCGGUCCAAGCUGUCAUUUAUUUUU